AUGGUUCUCAACGGUGGCGUAAUGCCGCUCGCUGCCCGGGCGCUGAGCCUGGCGGCGGCAGCGGACAAGGUCAGCAACGUGUCGGUUCCUGCAAACCUCUCGACCAGGGUGUUGCUGGCCGAUGCCUACGGCUACUCGAUGGAGCCGGUGUGGGUGGAGGACUACCUCAAGUCGGACCUGGCCACGAACCUGAUGAGCCACAUCGCCAACGUGACGGGCAAGCCGGCGCCCUUCCGCAUCGGCGGCAACACAGCCGACCAGACGUACCUACAUCCAGACCUCAACGUCAGUUCCAUCUCGAUCCCCACGCCCGCGACGGCGCAGUACUUCAACAUCAGCCCGGCGUGGUACGACACGUGGGCCAACUACUUCCCGGAGGGAACGGACCUCAUCUACACGCUCAACCUGCACGUCAACGCGUCGGCGUGGGCCAACGCGCUCGCCGAGGCCGAGGCGGUGCACAAGGCGCUCGGCGACAAGCUGACGCUGUUCGAGCUGGGCAACGAGAUCGACCACUUCAUCAGCAAAGGCUGGCGGGCCCAGGGCUGGGACGUGGCACAGUACACGGAGCAGUGGCGCAACAUCACGGACCAAAUCCUCGCGACGGCCUGGUACCAGGCGGACCCGUCGCCGCCCAAGUUCCAGGCCGCCGUCUUCGCCGACCCGCCCUGGGUGCCGGACCAGCAGGACGAGCUCGACGACUUCGACAUCGUCAACCUCACCAGCUCCACGGCCAACGCCGCGGGCGCCCUUGUCGACCCGGCCCUCAUCAGCUCGUACGCGGUGCACCUCUACCCGCAGAGCACGUGCGACACGGAGCGCUGGUACCGCAUGCGCCUCGACCUGCUGUCCAACCACACGACGCUCUGGCUCAACGUGUCGCAAUACGGGCCGCAGGUGGCGGCGGCGGACGCGGCGGGCGCGCCGCUCGUCCUGGGCGAGACCAACUCGGUCUCGUGCUCGGGCCGCAGCGGCAUCAGCGACACCUUCGGCGCCGCCCUGUGGACCGUCGACUACGUCCUGCUCGCCGCCAGCGCCGGCAUCGCCAAGACCUACUUCCACCUCGGCGCCCAGAGCGAGUACUCGGCCUUCGUCCCCGUCCCCUACGACUACAAGGGCGAGUCCCUCCAGCCCGGCAUCCGGCCCCCCUUUUACGCCCACUUCUUCCUCGCCCACGUCCUCGCCCGGCCCAACAACAACAACAACAGUACCGCCUCGUCGACGCUGAGCAUCGCCGCCCUCCCGCAAGCCAACGCCUCCGACCUCAGCGGCUACGCCGUCUUCUCCGACGGUGCCGCCGCCGCCGCCGCCGCCGCCGAAGCACAGCAGCUGCAAAAGCUCGUCUUCCUCGACAUGGGCGUGUGGAACGGCACGCGGGGGCUCUCCAACCCCAGCACGCUCUCCGCCACCGACGGCACGCACUUCAGCAACGGCACGCGCCCGACGCGGCAGCUCAACGCAGCCACGACUUGGGCCGAGGGCGCCGCCGUCAGCGUCGUCCGCCUGAGCGCGCCGGGGACCAACGCGAAGAGCGAGGUCGGCGUCGGUGGGGCGACGUUCGAUCCGGCCACGGGCGCGUUGGUCGGCGAGGUGCGGGCGGAGACGGUGACGGUGGGGGUGGGCGGGGUGGUGAGCGUUGAGAUGGUGCGGGCGGAGGCGGUGCUGUUGGAGCUGGUGGAUGGUUAG